GAGUCAGAGGCCCACAGUGAUGAUUCCACCUCUGACUGAAGGACAGCUGACCACACUGACCUGCACUGCUCCUGGUCUCUGCUCUGGAUCUGAACCUACAUUCACCUGGAGGUGGCGAGGAGGAGGAGAGAGCGACGCUGACCUCACAGGAAACAUCACGGCCUUCAAAACUGAGAAUGUGACUGAGUUCGCUAAGAGACGCAGCUCGACUCUGUCCUUCUCCCCUUCAGCUGAACAUCACGGAACCAGCAUCACCUGCACGGUCCUCUUCCAAGGACACGUGAGCACAGAGGAGACAGCGACUCUGAAUGUGAGCUUUUCUCCAAAACACACACACAUCACGGAGUCGGCAGAGAAGCAGGAGCUUGACGGGAGGAGCUCCGUGAUGCUGAGCUGCUUCAGUCACAGCUUUCCCCCAGUUCACAACUACUCAUGUUACAGGAAGAGUCAGGGAGAGGAACAGGAUGAACUUGUGUCAGAGCAUCAAAACCACACAGUGUACUCAAACCAGUCAGGAGUCUACUACUGCAUCGCAGAAAAUGAAGAAGGUCAAAGUUUGUCUGAUCCCGUCCAUCUGUUUGAACCCACAGGAAACUCUCUGCACAUCCUGAAGUUCGUCCUCCCUGCUCUAUUUGUCCUGAUGAUUAUCAUUUUAAUCGUCAUAGUUUUAAGACUCAGGAGGAAAAAAUCUAUUCAACAAGGAACAACAAACACCAAAUCCCCUUCUGGUUUCUCGGAGCAGUUGAGUCGUCCAGACGCCCCUGAACACCAGCCUCUUCCAGACAGCACGCCUCCGACCGACAUCAACCUUGUUUACAGCAUUUUGAAUCUGCCCCAGGUGAGUCCCGGGUUGAGACAACACUUUGAACUAGAAAACAAUAAGUUAAAACAGUCUUUAAACAGAGACUUUACUAAAACUCAAGAAGAUUUAUAUUAAAAAGAGUUUAAUUCAAAGUGUCUAGUCAUGGUGGCCUGUUGUCAGAACCGUGUCGUAGCACAAUAGAUUUUUUAAUUAUUUAACAACCAGUUGUUGAAACUUCAACAUUUAUAUCUAAUUGGCUUUAUGUAUAUUGAAAUCGUAGGAAACAGUGAUUAAGGAGACUACAGGUCUAAGAUUCAGGAUAUUUAAGCCUCUGCCUCAUCAAUUCUAACCUGUUACAGCUGUAAAACUACUGAUUCUUCUAAAUACUCUAAAGCAAAUCUAGAUAUAUCUACUUAACAAAUCUAGAAAAAUCUGUGUAAAAAACAACGAAAAUGGUUGAUUUUCAGUGCUUACGAAUUGAAAACAGAAUUAAAAUGCAGUUUGUAGUUGUACUGCAUCUCAGAACCAUAUGUACAUCAAUAUAUAACGUUCAUGACUUAAAUGUACAGACAUGUAGCUGACAUGUUGAGUGAACGUUAAAGUAACGGUGAUCAAUAACAAUCAUGGUUUGUGCCAACUGUAGGGGCGUGCUUAGGCCCGAUUUAAGCUUGUCUAUUCAUUCUGUUGGGAGAACUGCUACUCGAUAGACGUAAGUGUUAUAACUCUCCUAAGAAAUUGUUUCUCAACCAGCGAAGGUGGGGAAGUUGACUG